AUGUCAAAUGCUGAUUCCGAAGCAAAUGCUACAGCAAUUCCUCAGCGAAAUGCAUCAGAGAAGCUAAUUAGCAAGCCACCUCCACCAUUUCCCCAACAAUUUCAAAAGAAUUAUCAAGAUGGCCAAUUUCGAAGAUUUUUAGAUGUUAUGAAGAAACUCCACAUCAACAUACCCUUGGUAGAAGAUUUGGAACAAAUGCCCAAUUAUGUGAUUGCUAUUUUAAAGAAUAAAAUUCCUCAUAAGUUGAAGGAUCCGGGAAGUUUUAAAAUUCCAAUUUCUAUUGGGGGACGAGAAGUUGGUAAAGCUAUUUAUGAUUUGGGAGCUAGUAUUAGUUUGAUGCCCAUGUCAAUUUUUAAGAAGUUUGGAAUUGGAGAAGCAAGGCAUGCUACACUCACUUUGCAAUUAGCUGACCGUUCUAUGGUGCAUCCAGAGGGAAAGAUUGAAGAUGUCCUAGUACAAGUUGACAAGCUCAUUUUUCCGACAUAUUUUAUUAUUCUUGACUAUGAGGAAGAAAGUGAGGUUCUAAUCAUUUUGGGGAGACCAUUCCUUGACAUCGGGAGGACUUUGAUAGAUGUUGAAAAAGGAGAGUUCACCAUUCGAGCUCAAGAUGAACAAGUAACAUUCAAGGUUUUUAAUCCUAUACACUCUCCUAAUGAAGUUGAAGCUUGCUUAGCCAUAAGUGCUUCCAACUCCAAGAUGUUUGUAAAGAUACAUGAAAAGCAUAGGAAGAGAGUGAAGAAAAAGGUCCCUUUUGAAGAAAUUGAGAAAGGUGGUGAGCCAUGGAAAAGUAAGGAAAAAGGACCAUCCCAUCCUCAAAAGCUAGUGAAGAAAAAGAAACAUAGUAGAAAACCUUAG